UUUCCAGACGGCGGACUACAGGCAUGGUUGAACGUUGCCGGCGCUUCGGCCGGUCUCUUCGUGUCUUUUGGAUGGAUUAACUGCGUCGGUGUCUUCCAAGAAUACUACCAGACCCACCAACUGGCUGCUUACACCCCUGCGGACAUUGCAUGGAUAUCCUCCCUUCAGAUCUUCUUCAUGAUGGCUGGCGGCCUCAUUGUCGGUAAAUUCUUCGACAACUACGGUCCUCGCUAUCUUCUUCUCCUUGGUAGCUUCAUGCACGUCUUCGGCCUCAUGAUGACCAGUCUGGCCACGAAAUACUACCACUUCAUCCUUGCCCAAGCAAUCUGCUCCGCCAUCGGUGCGUCCAUGAUAUUCUACUGCUCGAUGAACUCCACCACUACAUGGUUCUUCAAAAAGCGUGGCGCCGCCCUCGGUCUCGUCACCGCCGGCUCGUCUCUCGGCGGCGUCAUCCUGCCCAUUAUGGUCACGAAGCUCAUCCCGCAGAUAGGUUAUGCGUGGACAAUGCGCACCAUCGGGUUCACCAUCCUCGGCCUCCUGGUCUUCUCCAACUUGACUGUCCGAUCGCGCCUCCCACCAAAUAAGCGCCCCUUCGCCCUCUCCAACUACAUCGCCCCCUUCAAACAACCUGGUUUCUGUGUGCUCACAGCUGCCGUAUUCUUCUUCUAUUGGGGUAUGUUCACGCCCUUUGUCUUCAUCGUCAGUGAGGCACGUAGUUUCGGUAUGGACGCCCAGCUUGCACAGUACCUUGUCGCGAUCCUUAACGGUGCCUCCAUCCUCGGCCGUACGCUCCCAAACGCAAUCGCGGACAAAGUCGGCCGCUUCAACGUCAUGAUCAUUAUGUCGUUCGCCACUACCAUCUUAAUCCUCGCACUAUGGCUCCCGGCGACCGGAAAUGCACCUCUCAUCCUGUUCGCAGCCUUCUUUGGCUUCUCCUCUGGCGCCGGCAUCUCACUCACUCCCGUACUUGUCGCACAGGUCUCACCGAUCAAGGAUAUCGGCGUUUGGACGGGCUCGCUGAUGGCUUUUGGCGCGAUCUCCGCCCUGACGGGGAGCCCGAUUGGCGGCGCCAUACUCACUGCUAGUGGAGGCGACUUUACGAAUGCGCAGAUUUUCUCUGGUGUGGCCACAGGUGUCGGCGCGUGUUUGUUUGUGGUGGCUCGGGUCGUUUAUGGCGGU